GCAGGAGUUCCCCCGGCAGCUGUUAGCUGCAGCCAGCCGUGGCUCUUCGCAGCAACAGCGGCGGCGGCUCCUCCUCCUCCUCCCUCCCUUUCUCGCCGGGUCCCUCCGCUCUCGCCAGCCCCCGCCCCCGCCUCUCCUCCGCUCUCGCUCCUCCUUAUUGACAAAUACACAAAGGGCCGUGCCGGGCUGGAGAGGCGUCUGGAGCCGGCAUGGGAGACAAGAAGAGCCCCACAAGGCCGAAGCGGCAGCCGAAACCGUCCUCCGACGAGGGCUACUGGGACUGCAGCGUGUGCACCUUCCGGAACAGCGCCGAGGCCUUCAAGUGCAUGAUGUGCGAUGUGAGGAAGGGCACCUCCACCCGGAAACCUCGACCUGUCUCUCAGCUGGUUGCUCAACAGGUGACCCAGCAGUUUGUGCCCCCCACGCAAUCAAAGAAAGAGAAAAAAGAUAAAGUAGAAAAGGAAAAAAGUGAAAAGGAAACUGCUAGCAAAAAGAACAGUCAUAAGAAAACCAGGCCCAGGUUGAAAAAUGUGGAUCGAAGUAGUGCCCAGCAUUUGGAAGUUACAGUGGGUGAUCUGACAGUGAUUAUUACAGACUUUAAGGAAAAAACUAAAUCA